GAAACUGAAAUUUUCUCCCUAGACCAUGCCACCACGAAGUAACAGGAUGCCUAUAGACCAGGAUUGGACAAGUGUAUGGCCAGCAGCAUCCACAUUCAAAGCAUCGGUUGUACCACUGCCUAUCAGGAUGGGAUGGGAUACAAAAGAUGGGUCAACGCCUCCCUCAAAGUAUGGAAAUGCAGAGCUUAUGAAGAUACCAAACUUUCUCCAUCUGACUCCACUCCACAUCAAGAAACAUUGUGAAGCAAUUAAAAAAUUUUGCACUGAAUGGCCAACGAAUCUGACCACGUCCAAAGCCAUGGAAAAGCACUUUCCUGUUGAGGUGAAGUACAGUGACUUCUGUUACUCAAGCCCAAGCAUACGAGAGCCUCAGUCCAGAAUCGUCACACUCUCGGUGAAAUUGUCUUCUCUGGAGCUUGAUUAUCAUGCUAGGGAUAAGCUGCUACGACUGGUUGGAGAUCAGUAUAAUGCAAAAACUGAUACAUUGACCAUCUUUGCAGACAGGUGCCCUACAAGGAAACAAAAUUAUGACUACGUGCAAUAUCUGUUAACAGCCAUUUACCACGAGUCUUGGAAAACUGAACCAUGGGAGCAUGAAAAAGAAGAAUCAGACUGGGAGGUGUACUUCUGGGAAAAAAGCAUCUCCAAGAAGAAUGUACUGGAACUGUUACGUCGUCUUGAACCAGAGGCAACUACAGUAGAGAUUCUAGAAAGACCUGAUGUCCACACCUACUGCAAGUCUGUACAGGAACUUCACGAUGAUGGGGAGGAUCUGAGCACAUUGAGCAAUUAUAAGUUAGCUGUCAAGAAACUUCUUGCCUUAUCCUGAGGUAGUUUAAUGGUCCACAGACUUUCAGCCGGUGCAUACACAGUUAUUGUCGUGAUGUAGUCAGUUAGUUAUCUCGUUAGGGAUGGGAAUGAGAUAUGCAGCACAAAUGUUAUCUGCCUGUAUUCCUUGCUAGCAGUCUAUAGUUUCUCAAGCAAAUGGUGUGAGCAGUUUGACUGUCCAUCAUUUUGUAUCAGGGAGCGUGAUUUUAAAAGGUGGACGUUAGAAUUUGUGGCGGCUAGCCUAACAGACCAUUGGUUUAAUUCCAGUAUUGUACGAUGAUAAUUGACAGGAUGUAGUAUUGUACGAUGAUAAUUGACAGGAUGUAGUAUUGUACGAUGAUAAUUGACAUGAUGUAGUAUUGUACGAUGAUAAUUGACAUGAUGUAGUAUUGUACGAUGAUAAUUGACAUGAUGUAGUCCACUAAUUUCAAACUCCUGAUAACAAUGCUCUGUUAAAAUCAUUUUCAAUAUAAAUUCAAUAUUUUUCUUUAUUAUGGGCACUAA